UUACAUCUUGUAUUCUACAGGGGCACUCGUUAUAUUGUUGAAAUAAAUAAAAAUAGUAAGGUAGUAGUAACAUUUAAGAUAAAAAGAAGUGAUAAAAUUAAAAAGAAUUUAUUAAAAAGGAUAAUUCGAAAGUGAAUAAUUAAAAAAUUUAUAAACUGUGGAAAAAGAAUGGAAAUAAUAUUGACUAUUGUCAACUAUUGUUGAAACGUCAAAAUGGUAAACGUCACCUGUCAAAUGUUACAACAAAAACAUUGAAUACCGAAAAGAGUGAAUAUUGUUCGUAUUUUAAAAAAUGGAAAACGAUAAUCCUGUCAUAUAUGGUCUUGAAUUUCAGGCCAGAGCACUUUCGGCACAAACAGCCGAGACUGACGUUGUACGAUUUUUGGUUGGAACUCAAUCAUUAAAAUUCAGUAAUAAUCAAGUGCACUUAGUGGAACUUAAUGAAGAAACGUGUAAUUUAAAAACACAAGUCUAUCAACAUCCCAUUGGUGAAAUAUGGUCCUUACAAGCAUCUCCCAUGGAUCCUGACAAAUUUGUCACUUGUUACAAUACUUUAAACUCUGAAGGAGUUUGUCAAAUGAAAGGAGCUCUUUGGAAAUUGCCAACAUUAAACGAAUCUUCAAAUGAAAUUCUAAAACUCGAAAAAUUAGCCGAUAUUGAUACAACACCUUAUGGAAAUGAAUUGAAAAUAAUAGCCUAUCAUCCUAGCGAUGAAACAAAAGCUGUUUCGGUUGUAGACAAUAAUUUUAUACUUUGGGAUUUAAAGAACGAUAAUCCACAGGUUGUAACUGUAGGAACAUCAGGAAAAACAUCUCCAAAAUUCACAAACGGUAAAUGGAAUCCACACAAUAGUUGCAAUCAAUUUGUCACAUUAAACGAAAACAAUGUUCAUGGUUGGGACUUGAGAAAUCCUUCGGAAAUUUCCUGGAAUAUUCCAAAUGCACAUUCACAAAUUGUCAGAGAUUUGGAUUUCAACAGUAAUCGACAAUACUUUUUGUCAACAUGUGGCGACGAUGGUUACAUGAAAUUUUGGGACAUUCGCAUGACCACCGAACCAGUUAUAUCGAGAAUUGAACAUUCCCAUUGGGUUUGGAAUGUUCGAAUAAAUCGUUUUCACGAUCAAUUGGUAUUAACGUCGAGCAGUGAUUCGCGAGUAAUUCUUUGCAGUAUUGCAUCAAUAUCUUCGGAACCAUUUGGACAUGUUGUUUCAACAGAGGAAGAUUUAAUUCAAGGAGAGGAAUCAUCAACUAAGGAAAAAUUGGAAGACGGAGUUGUUGGAAGAUUCGAGGAGCACGAGGACAGUGUCUACGCUGUUGAAUGGUCGUCAGCCGAUCCAUGGACAUUUGCAUCGUUAAGUUACGACGGAAGAUUAGUAUUAAAUAAAGUACCUCGCAAAUACAAGUAUCAAAUUCUUUUAUAGAAUUGUAAACAUUGUACAGAAUAAAUUUUAGAGUUUAAUAA